ACUGGACCAGAAACUUUCUCAGACACAGAGCAGACACAAACACAGAGAGGUUCAAAGCAGGAGUUUAUCAUUCCCGACGUCAUGGAUUUAUCUGAGCUGUUUUUCAUUUCUCUCGGUGCAGCAGUUGUCGUUUACUAUGGAGUGAAACUGCUGUUUUCCAGCAGGAUGCUUUUUCCAAAACUAUGGUUUCCACUGUCAAAGACAUUCUUUACCUCAAUGGGAGAGUGGGCAGUGGUGACCGGUGCUUCAGAAGGAAUAGGGAGAGCGUACGCAUUUGCACUGGCUGAGCGAGGAAUGAACGUGGUUAUCAUGAGCAGAACCAAAGUAACAUUGGACCAAGUAGCAAAGGAAAUAGCUGAUAAAACAGGUCAGAGGGUGAAAGUGAUAGUGACGGACUUCACAAAGGAAAAUGUCUUCGGUGAAAUUAAGGAUCAACUUGAGGAUCUCAACAUCGGGGUUUUAAUCAAUAAUGUCGGCAUGUUGCCCACCUUCAUCCCCAGCAAAUUCCUGGAGUGUGCAGAUCUGGAUCAGACAAUUACCAAGGUGAUAAACUGCAAUGUGAAGACAAUGGCCAAGAUGUGCAGAAUAAUCCUUCCAGGCAUGGCCAACAGAGGAAAAGGGCUGAUUGUGAAUAUUUCAUCUGGAGUUGCUUGCAUCCCUUUCCCCCUGUAUACCCUGUAUGCUGCGUCCAAGGUGUUUGUGGAGAGAGUUUCUCAAGGUCUUCAAGCUGAAUACAAAGAUAAGGGGAUUAUAAUACAGGCGGUCGCUCCGUUCGGGGUCUCCACUCGGAUGGCCGCUUACCAACAAACCAACAUAGUGACGCCGUCGCCGGAAGACUUCGUAAAAAGCUCCCUGCGAUACCUGAGAGCUGGAGACAAAACACACGGCAGCGUCUGUCACACACUCAUGGGCUGGAUUCUGCAGUCUGUUCCUCUCAAGGUUCUCUAUGCAGAGUCCAUGUUACACAGCCUGCAGGACUAUGUGAAGAAGAAACUCUCCAUCCCUGCAUCAAGUGCAACUUUUGAAAAAAAAAAAAAAUAAUAAACAGGAAGACUCACUUAAAGUAAUUUGGCUCAAAUAUCUUAAAAUAUAAAUGUGAAACUGGUCUCUACAAAUCAUCGUUUCGGUUUCUUGAACAAAGCGAUGAAUGGUCUAACUUGUAAAAGUAAUAUCAAAAGGAAUUCUAGCCACCGAUGUGAUAUUUAUUCUGUUUUUAGCGUUUGUUACAUGGUUGGUAAACCACCCUCAGGAAAGCACAUUUAUGAAUCGUUUGUUUUUUGUAUGUAGUUUUUGUUUUCAUCUAUUUAAUGUAUUUUGCUCUUCUGUCCGUCCUGCAUGGAGAGGGGUCAUCACCACCUCUCUCUGAGGGUUCUACAUUUUGUCCCCUAUAAAAUAUGGUCGUUUUUCCUCACACUAGUCGAGGGUUAAGGACAGAGGUCGCACCUUGUUAAGCUCUAUAAGGACAAAUUGUUAUUUGUGAAAACGGGCUAAACAAAUGAAAUUUGAUAAAUGAUUCAUUUUUUUGUGUCUCUUGAAUUUAUUGUCAUUUAAAGACAUCAUGUCCACAAUGAGUCAACUCUGUGGCAGUGAUGUCCCAAAAUUAUAUUUCAUCUUUAUUAGUUAUUUUUGGCCCAUUCAUCUGCUCCAUUUUAUUGAAAAGUUGACAUAAAUAGAAUCUUUUUUUCCCCAUUUUUUACCUGCAUGUCCCUCUGUGUAUUUGUGUAUAUUUCCAUUCUUAUAUUUCAGUGUAAAGGUAAAUAAGGUUGUAUAUAGGAAAUAUAAGUUGUACUGUAACUGUAGCUGCUGACGGUGAUUUUAUUCACCAACCACACCAACGUCAGAUAUCAAAUCUUUACUUUUAUAAACCCCACAGGCCACAGUUGAUACUCUCAAUACAUCUUUGGACAGUUAUAUUGGUGCAAUAAACUAUAUAAUGAUUUAAUAUGAAUCCCAGCUUGGCCGCAGGUUUUUCUUUGUGGAGUUUGCAUGUUAUCCUCGUGUCUGUGUGGGUUUUUACUCCAGAAGUGUAGGUGUGAAUGUUUGUGUAAAGUGUUAUUUGUCUCUAUAAGUCGGCUGUGUGAUACGCUGGUGACGUGUCCAGCCUCUCGUCCAAUGUCAGCUGCGAACAUCUAAAUUGUCACUAUAAAAGUGGUGGGAAAUAUUUUGGUUGAUCAUGGACGCACGUACAAUGGCUUCAUUGCGGAUAAACCAGGGGGGAUGAUCGCAGAGUUUUCUAAUUCCAUUCUGCACCAUAGACUGUAUAUAAAAAGCUUUAAGAUAGGUUAGAUAUUUUUCGGAGCAUAUAUUCUUUAAUGAUUGAAUAGUAAGUGUGAAAUGGGGAAAGAGAGCAGGGAAGACACACAGCAAAGGGCCGGGUCGGAAUCGAACCUGCAGCCUGUGCAGGAGGACUCAAGGCUCCGUCUAGGGAUGUUUUAAUACUGUAUUUAGAUUAGUUACAUUUGUUCAAAUGUCUUUAAAAUCUAAAUAAAAACAAUGACCUUGA